UAGACGCCGCCCAGCCAAUGAACUCGCUCCGUGCAUUAAUACCAGCCAAUGGGAACGCGUCGGGUAUUAAAGGCACCAACCGCUACACCCACACCGCUUUUGUGUGAAGGAGUUCGCGGGAGUUGUCACCACAGCAGCGAUCAUCUCUCAAUAACCCGAACAUCAGCAGCGUAGGAGGACAACCAUGUCUGACAGAAAGGCAGUGAUCAAGAACGCUGACAUGUCCGAGGACAUGCAGCAGGACGCGGUGGAGUGUGCCACUCAGGCGCUGGAGAAAUACAAUAUCGAGAAAGACAUCGCUGCUUUCAUCAAGAAGGAAUUUGACAAGAAAUACAACCCAACCUGGCACUGCAUCGUGGGGAGGAACUUUGGCAGCUACGUGACUCAUGAGACCAAGCAUUUCAUUUACUUCUACUUGGGUCAGGUGGCCAUCCUGCUGUUCAAGUCCGGCUGAUGGACACAUUUUUUUCUUAACACCAACUGACCAUACAUACAGUAAUGACUGACUCGACAAAGGCACUUAUCAUUCCUUGGCAAGGGGCCGCUGCCUUUUUCUGUGCUGCUUUCUCCUUUCUUUUUUUUUAAGGAUUAAAAAACAGUGGCCAUGUUAUAGAGAUAAAACACUUCUAUUUAUUUUUGUCUUGUUACAUGACAUGUCAUUUUUUUAAUUAAAGCAUAGCUGUUAAGCUGUCUGGGCCCAA